GAGGGGAGUGGCAGGCUGAACAGAUGGACAAAGGCUGCCUGUUCAACAUACACUCUGCAAACCUCACAUUAUCCUUCUUCGCCUGUCAUGGUGCUAACCUCAGUUCUCGAGAUUCUCGAUUUUAGAGGACUACUGCUCUUCAUAGUGGCAUUUCUCUUGGUGGCAGACUAUGUGAAGAACAGAAACCCCCCGAAUUACCCACGUGGCCCUUUCUCUCUUCCACUCCUAGGAAAUGUCUUCAACGUUGACUCGAAGGAGCCGCAUAUAUAUUUGACAAAGCUAGGCCAUGCCUACAACGAUAUAUUCAGUCUGCGAUUAGGAAGAGACAAAGUGGUCUUCAUUACUGGUUAUAAACUGGUGAAGGAGGCCCUGGUGACUCAGGCUGAAAACUUUCUGGAUCGGCCCUACAGUCCAUUACAGUGUCGAGUCUACUCGGGCAAUGCUGGACUCUUCUUCAGUAAUGGUGAAAUGUGGAAGAAGCAACGACGUUUUGCUCUGUCAACACUGAGGAAUUUUGGGUUGGGAAAGAAAACAAUGGAGCUGACCAUCUGUGAAGAGAGCCGCUUCUUACUUGAUGAGAUUGACAAACAGAAAGGAGGCGCUUUUGACCCAACCAUUCUUUUCAACAAUGCGGUUUCCAAUAUCAUCUGUCAAAUGGUGUUCGGCCAGAGAUUUGAUUAUGCAGACCACCAAUUCAGGACAAUGCUAAAAUACAUAUCUAAAAGCAUUCAAUUAGAGGGGUCCAUUUGGGCACAGCUCUAUGAAGCAUUUCCCACCAUCAUGAAGCAUCUUCCUGGGCCACACAAUGACAUGUUCAGUAACUACAAAUUAUUGCAAGCCUUUGUUAAAGAGGUUGUUGUCAAACACAAGGCCGAACUGGAUCCCUCAGAGCCUCGAGACUACAUCGACAGCUUCCUAAUUGAGAUUAUGAAGAAGCCACAUGAAACAACAGAUGGUUUUGAUGAAGAGAACAUCAUUCCAUGUGUUCUAGACCUGUUUCUGGCUGGGACCGAAACUACAUCCACUGCAUUAUGUUGGGGUCUCAUAUACCUCAUCACUUACCCAGAAGUACAAGAAAAAGUUCAGGAGGAGAUAGACAGAGUGAUUGGACGCUCAAAGGAGCCGAGUAUAGCCGACAAGGCCAACAUGCCCUACACUGAGGCUGUCAUCCACGAGAUCCUGAGAUUCGGAGAUAUUGUACCAAUGAAUGGCUUGCGGAUGGCUGACAAAGACACAACCCUUGGAGAGAGCUUCAUCCCAAAGGGUACAGCAAUUUUACCCAUACUGCACUCGGUUCUCUUUGAUGAGAAUGAAUGGGAGACACCCUACGAGUUCAAUCCUGGGCACUUUUUAGACAAAGAGGGCAAGUUUGUGAGGCGGGACGCAUUCAUGCCCUUUUCUGCAGGAAAGAGGGUCUGUUUGGGGGAGCAGCUCGCGAGAAUGGAGCUCUUCCUUUUCUUUGUCACUUUGUUCAGAAAAUUUCGAUUUUCAGCAGCAGAGGGUGAGAAACUCAAUCUUGAUGGAGUGAUAGGAGUAACACGCACCCCACACCCCUUCAAGAUCCAUGCAACGGCACGCUGAUUCUAUUAUGCCAAUAAAUCAACAUUAUAAAGCAAUAUAAUACUAACGUCAUUGAAUAUGACAAUGUAUCUGUUUAACAUUAAUGAAGAUGAUGUCCUGUCUUUUGCUGACUUAUAUAAAGUUCAGUAGUUCCUGAUUAAUUAAUGGGUGUGAGAGAAUACAUAUUUAGUUCCCAUGUGUCAAACAUGCAUAAACCUGCUUAGUAAUGCCUAGUCUAUAAAAACUAAUAGCGUGAUAGAUGAACAUUGCCCUAGAAAAAAAAUAGAGAAAAGGUCACUAGAACAAGUUAAACAUUAUAGAAUCAUCUACCUGUUGGAACCAAUUUCAGAUUGUGGGGUCAAGGGGAUGAAGUUCAAGAUUUUUAAGUUGACAGAUAAUACAUAGCAACAGAUAUUAGUCGGACACAUAAACAAGGUUUUGUCAUGAUAAUAAACAAUGUUGAAAUCCAUAGUCACGUC